UGGGGUGUCGGAUAAUUCAAUUUUUAAAAAUGAAGGGAAGAGAGGGGGCGGGAAAAUGGGGGCUAUAGAGGCGGGUGGGAUCGAGGAAGCCAUGGGGAAAGGCCACGCCGAAGGAUAACACCCGCCUCUGGGCUUUCGCUCUCGCACACAAUUGACUCGUUCAGUAACAAUCCACAGCUAUUUAGAGGCUGCGAGGAAGUGGCCACCCGGGACGCGGGCUCCCCGACUGGCGGCCCCGUCCUCAACCCGGUGAAGGGAAGUGGGCGGGAGCGCGCGAGAGGGCACUCAGCGCCUGCGCAGAAACGGGACACAGGGCACAGGCCUCCACCACACGGCGGCAGCCCCCUCCCCUGCGGGACCCCCACACCGGAGGGCAGGGGAAGGGGAAACGGACGCCGAGCGAGAGCGCGGCCAACACAGAAGUGGACUCAUCCCGCUGCCAGGGAUGCUGGCAGCAACCGGUCAGACCUUGGGUGCGAUCGGGGCAGCGUACCGAGCACGGUCGCAGCAAAGAAGGGCACACACACACGCUCACCCAUCCCCCCCUGAGGAUGGCCUUCGAGCAGGGAGGCAGCACGCCACAGGAGCACGCGAAGAUGGGCACAUCCCCCGCAGACCGGCGCACGGGUAUUGCAACAGCCGAAGGCCCAGUGGAGAAACGAAAAACUCGAUUCCCACCAGGAAUCGACCGUCUGGAGGCCCCCCAUUCGCCGAUCCGCGUGUGGACCGUAUGUGCAAGGCGCCCGAUCGCGGUCCCCUGCGUGUAGGUGCAGCUGCCCCGCCCUCCUGCUCUGGGCGCUUCUCGGGGGACGGAGGCGUGAUGUGUGCGGGAAUUUGCAUGCGUGUGGGUGUGCUCGGACGUCGCCCCAACCGUCCAGGGCCUGGGCACGUGGGGAAGUGCCCCCCCACGAGAAUGAGGCUCCUGUGGUGCACGAGGUGAGUGUGUGCCUGGGAUCCGCCCCGGCCCCCUGGGAAGAGAGCAAGGGAAGACCCCGGGCGAGGGGGGUCCACAGGGGCACGGCCGUCUGGCGCCAUGCGGUUGGGGGCGUGCUACGACGAAAAAGUCGCACCCGUCUGCGAAGGGCCAGCCGAGGAGUGCGCCCGGGCAGAUGUCAACCCUGUUACCAGAUUUAAGGAAGUGUGCUGAAUGG